AUGCAGUCGGGAAGCACACUCCAAUCUCUCUUUGCACUCAUUCUCGAGAAUUAUGUCAAGAUUAAGAAAUUUGAAAUUGUUUCAACGGAUGACAAAUUCAAGGAAUUACUAAAAGAAAGCUGUACAAUAUGUCAGAAGGCUAUUCAGAUGGUUAACCAAAUUGAGUUGUUUAGCAAAAAUGAGACUCUCGAGGAUCUAUCGACCCAAUCAAUUCGUUACCUUACGCUCCCUGCCUUUCUCGCCUUUUUUACCAGUCAAAAAUCAGAUCGAGAAGAACGAGUGACGAUGUUGAAACUUGCUCAGCACUGGUCUCUUUUUAGUGACAAUGCUAAUUUGAAAACGAUGCCUCCUGCUCUUCGAAGGGAUCCUAAUGUUGUUCGUGAAGAAAAAAUUCGUGCCUACAAAGUAAAAAAAGCCCUUGAACAACGUGUAGAAAACUUUCUUUCCUUUGAUUCCCCUCGUGUGGAUGACGAAACUUUGAGGGAAGAAAGCCUAGCGCUUGUUCGAUAUUGGGCCUAUACAGCGGUUGAGGAGUUGAAAUUGAUUGGUGAGGAGGUGGCCAUUCUUUCGCGGUUUUCAGGGUCUCAGGGUCCUUCCCCUCCUUCUUCUCCGACCCAUAUUACUCGGCGUCCACCACUGCUCAUCACUCGGGAAAAGAUCCGAGCUGCUGUUUUUGGUGCCGGUUAUCCAAGCUUGCCGACAAUGACUCUUGACCAGUUUGUUGAACUGCAGGUGCAACAGGGUUUGAUACCGCCACCGCAUUCGGAAAAAGGAAACAAGUUAGGUAGCGAAGAGGGUAUUUGGCGACGAUUCAGUCCCUCGGAAUCUGUGGAGGUCAAACAGGAGGCGGAAACAAGAGCAGCUAGGGAGGAUGCGCUGGAAGAUGCGUACUCAGAAGAACAGCGGACGAAGGCACGCAACUUUGACGAAUUUAAAGACGAACACAGACGUGGUUCUGGAAACCGUGCUAAUCUUUUUGCUUCAAAGGAUCUACCUGAGAUUGUUACGGAUCGAAUAAUUUGCUCCCUUUCCCCUUUCCGAACCACCGUUGUUUGCCAACAGAAAGCUCAAGCUCGGCGUAGUGCAGAUGACGAUGACGAUUUGCGCGACAGGGAGGAUGAAGCACCCCAAGUAGUUGCUGGCAUAGGUGUUAGUGAAUCAGAGGCCAUCGAAUUUUCUCAGCGAAAUCUCGUCAAAAGACAACCACAAGCAAGGGAAUUAGUUAGUGCAGGCGAAGAUAAACCCACCACUAAGGAAAUUGAGGCGGAACAGUCAGGUCGCGUGAUCUUUCGCAAACCACGGGUCAAGGAAGACAGUAAGGUAACGGGAGUAAAGGGAGCCAAAAAUGAGAGAAAGAAGGAAACUGAGAAACCUAAGAGGACUGCAGUUGUGCAGAAGGACAAAAAGCAAGGAGGAAGUCUCUCUUUUAGCUAUGAAGAUGACGAGGACGAAGAUGAUUAA